AUGCCAGAACACAGCUGUGAAAUUGCACUUCGCCACAAGGUGCUAGAAGAAGUCUCUUAUCGGCCCUGGCUCUUCGACCGAACUCCUACAAGAAGACGAAAACCAAAACCAGAGACCGAAGAUGCUGUGCGAGGUAUCCGUCAAGACAGAAAGAAGUUGGGACGACAGAAAAGGUCUAGUCACAAUAAAUAUAUCGUUACCCCUCAACUGCCCACCGAAAAUCCUGAACGUUUACCAGACAGCGACUUUGUUCCAAACGCUGGCAGGCGUUCUACAGAGUGCUGUUUUUGA